CGUGGAUUGAAUUUUCAUCGCCAACAAUUAACCCUAGCGGAGGAAAUCGUUGUAUUGCAACUUAUAGGGAUACCCGACAUAAUUUGACAUCGCAUCUCUUCAUUUUGCCACUUGCAUUUAUUACGUCUGAGAACGAACCAUCACCUGGGCUGUGGUCCCUAACCUGAUCGGAAAGCUACGAUGCCUCUCGGUUUCGAGCGAAUAAAUGCAAGAAAGUCGCAGCCAAACGAGCGCAUCGUAUUCAUCAAACCGCUUGCAGGACCUGACCAAGAAAUUGCGCAGAAAUACUUGGAACUAAUCGCGGCGCAAUGUUUACCGGUAAUGAGAGAAAACCAUAUACUGGUCACGUCAUUAGAGGAAUAUGAACCAAAUAGAGAGUUUGUUGGCCGUAACUUCAACGCAGGCGAAGUCAUACAGCUAGUGCUAAAGUCGCUGUCAACAAAGCAAUGGCUACCGUUCACCUAUGUCCAGAUGGUUAUGAUGCACGAACUAGCACACUGCAAGCAGAUGAACCAUUCCAAGGCCUUCUGGACGGUUAGAAAUAAUUAUGCGGAUCAAAUGAGAGUUCUAUGGUCACGCGGCUACACCGGAGAAGGCUUAUGGGGGAAAGGCACAAGUUUAGAAACUGGUGAGUUUAUAAAGAACACUGUGCUGUCAGACAAGGAUCUUCCGGAGCACCUAUGUGGAGGGACCUAUCGCUCUAGAGGACGAAAGCGGCGGGCCAAGCCACAGCCAUCUUAUAAAGAGAGAAAAGAACGCCGAAUAUUGAAGAAAUUCGGUGCUAAUGGGGUUGCUCUCGGCGAGGACGAAGAGAUAAAAACCGAACUGGAGAAGGGGAAGAAAACUCAGGGCAAGCCUCGCGUGGCGGGAAGCAAGCGCGGUCGAGAACUUAGAGCUGCUGCAGCCCUCGCACGAUUUGACCAACAUAAGAAAGAAGAGGAAACAAAAGAGGAGGCUGAUAUCAAGACAGAAGAUGACAGCGGGUUUGAGACUUUUAGCGAUACCGAGGACGAAGCCGCCACAGAUAUUAAUGGUCGACGACUUAUCGACAACAAGGGCCAAGGCAUGGUCAAGGUGUGCGAGGAUGAGAAUAUCAAAGAUGAAGAUGCACGGAAUGAGCUGAAGGAGCUUUUCCAAACCACCAUUAAAUGGAAACCUGAUGGGUCUAAAAAGCAUGGUUCUACAUCAGUGGCAAAUGAACCUCAAGCGCUAAAGCCGGUUGGCCAGAGGGGUACUAAAACUGAUUCGAAAGGUGACACAAAGGGAGCUUCGAAGGGAAGUGCUGAGAAAACAAAUUCAGCAGGACCGAGCAAUGGCAAGAAUCUGGCCCGUGAUAACAAGACGACACAUUCAACUAUGGGAGUUUGCGUUAUGUGCUCGUUCGACAAUGGCCCGGAAGCUCAUAUCUGUUGCGUCUGUUCCCAUGUCCUGGAUCCAAGCAAGGUGCCGGAUACCUGGAAGUGCACAAGUCCAACUUGUCGAGAUACUGUGUAUUUAAAUGCCGGCGAUUCGGCGCUUUGCGGAGUUUGCGGCGGCCGCAAAGCCGCGUAGCCCCCGAAGAUGUAUAACAACUUUACAUGCUCGUAUCCAAGGACAUGCUCUUUAAUGUCUGUAAAACAACCAUACUUUACUUGCACUGCACACUACCUAUGGUGUCGUCAGCCACGCGUGCAGGAGGUUACGAAUAUAGUGGUGAUGGGUUGCUCCGGAUCGUCACCCGUUACCAACCAAUGUGAUUUUCCGAAAGGGGUAAACGAACCCCGAACCUAUCGGAGCUCAAGGGCCUUUGAAACAUUGAAACAAACUCGGGCGUGGUCCGAUCUCUGGCUUACUUAGGACAAGUUGUUAUGGCCAAACCCCCUGUAUUGAGAGGCGCUACCGUUUCACAUCCCAGGGGCGCCCCCACUACCAUCGUGGACUUUCGCAUCUUUCCUCGUGGAACGACGCAGGGAAGUCGCUCAUAUGAUCGCCAGAACUUACCAAAUGUAGUUCGAGAGAAGAGAUCUCCCGCUUCUAUUUCUCUAUCGAGAUAGAGAAAAUAACUAAUCCGACCAUCGUGUCGCUGUUUAAUUCUAUGCGUUCGCAGACCUCCAAAUCAUGCCGUUUACAAAUUGCGCCUAGUUAAGUGAACUAGGUCGUUUG